GUGACAGUACUCUGAUACCUGAGGCAGAACACGAGAAAACAAGUCCAAACUCGAGUCAGAUCCAACGAUCAUUUCAUUCCGACGAGCCUUCAAUCGGCGCAGUCGAGUCCUUUCAGCCACACGCUAAGUUACAGUCAUCAACAAUCUCACAGAUUGAGGUUUAAAGGGGGUUUACGGACGAAUAUGACAUAGAAGAACGAUUUUGAGAACCUUUUCGCACUAAUAAAGAACCUUCUGUGGAACGGAAUUUAAGGUUCUUUACGGAACGUUCGGUUUGUUGUGAGUGUCAUUAGCGGUGGCGUCGCUGACUCGGAUAAUCGCAUUCGCGUUUAUCAGUGCACUGCACAUUAUUGUAACUUUUACAGAAAGAUCCAUGUCAAAAUUAUAUUAUGACUCACGGAAACCAACAAACAUAAAAAGUGUGAAACCCUCAUCAACCACUGAAGGUCUGACUCUGAGGGAGGAGAGAGAGAGAGAGAGAGAGGGAGAGAGAGAUAGUCUCAGUAACGUGCAGCUCAUCUGUAGUUUCAUGUUGAGUCGUGUUUCUUUCUGCACUGAAGUUCUUCAUACCACUGAAGCUUCACGUUCACACAUCUAGAAACGGACUACAGUGAUGGACGAUCUGAUCACCUGCACCCCCUACUGGCCACUCCGUGUUCAACAGCACAGCCCGCCUGAGUAAAACUCGACUCGCGUUACGUGUUUUGACCCUGCAAUGAUGAAAGUGAUGAGCUGAGGAAGACUAGCAUCUAGAAGACGUGACCCAUGGAUGUGUCAUCCAGCGCAGGGACGUCCAACUCGUCCUCAUUCGCUUUCGUCAGCGCCUACCACAGCUACCAGAGCAACGAAGUCCUCCGGCGCCACUAUAACCACUCGGGAAAACUAAACAACAAAGAUAGAUUUAAACCGGACGCCAUCGUCUUCCUCUUCAUCUGCCUCCUCAUCAUAGUGGAGAAUAUCAUCGUCCUCAUGGCCAUCUGGAAGAACAAGAAGUUCCAGAUGCCCAUGUAUUAUCUGCUGGGGAACCUGACGCUCUCAGACCUGCUAGCCGGAUUCACUUACAUGCUAAAUAUCCUGCUGUCGGGGCCGAACACGCUGAGUCUGACGCCACUGCUCUGGUUUAUAAGAGAAGGCCUUGUGUUUAUCACGCUAACGGCGUCUAUCAUUAGCUUGCUAGCUAUCGCCAUCGAGCGCUACUUCACCAUGCUAAACACGAAGCCUUAUUACCGCGCAAAGCGCAACCGCAUGUUCGUUCUGAUCGCGGUUAGCUGGGCGCUGUCGGUGUUGCUAGGCACCCUUCCCAUUAUGGGAUGGAACUGUUUGGAUGACCUGGACUCGUGCUCAACCGUGCUUCCGCUCUACGCUAAAAACUACAUCUUCUUCAGUGUGUUUGUGUUCAUGGCCGUCCUUCUGGCCAUCGUCGCCCUGUACGCACGGAUCUUUCACUUCGUAAAGUCCAACACGCAGAACCCGAGCGACGUGCCGCGCAAAGCCUACGGGCUUCGCUCGCGGAAAUACAUGGCGCUGCUAAAGACGGUCACCAUUGUAGUGGGAGUGUUUAUUAUGUGCUGGAUGCCUCUGUUCGUGCUUCUGCUCCUGGACUUCGUGUGUCCCGCGAAAGAGUGUCCGGUGCUACUCAAAGCUGAAUACUUCUUGGGCGUGGCCAUGAUUAACUCCUUCAUUAACCCGAUUAUCUACACGAUGACUAGCAGAGACAUACGCCGGGCCAUCCUGAAGCUGCUCUUCAAACGCUGUCUGACCACCAAAGACGGGACAUUGAGGAAUAUCGGCAUUAAGAUCAGCUUCACUAAGACUGACGCGCACCGUCACGGGCAGGAGACGACCGUUUCAUCGGGAAAUGCCACAACCGUAAACGUCAAAACCAUCUACCCGAAGCUCAAGUUAUCCGUCGUCGCGUAACGCCGUGUCCUGAGCCGAAAGACAUCUUUUCCAUGCUAAUCAGAGUUUUCCUAAUCAGCCACAAUGACGACACGUGACUAUUCUAGUUUAGAAGUGGCGAUUUUGUGGCUGGAAAAACAAGACAAUGAUGAUCUCAGGUAGUAAUUAUAUGCUUCAUUUAAUGUUAAAAGCAUCUAAUGCGAGUUUGAAUAUCGUUUUGAUUGACCUUUAUAGCCCUGUUGAGAGCGACAACGGAUAACUCACCUCUGAUCUUGAAAAUGAAAGGAACGAACUGAACUCAAUGUGAACGAAUAAGAGUAUUCUAUGGCAAAGAUUAUUUGUCACUCAGUAUGUAUUUUUAUUAAUGUUAAAAUUGUGUAAUAUUUAUGAAUUUGAUGUACUUAUGCAUUUCGCAUUUGCAGAGACUCCGCCCACACUCUCCUCUGAUUGACUGUGAUGUUGAAUUUAUUUGGUUUGCGAGUACAGUGCAUCUGCAGAGACUCCGCCCACACUCUCUUCUGAUUGGCUGUUGAUUUGGUUGCGAGUACAGUGCAUUUGCAGAGACUCCACCCACACUCUUCUAAUUGGCUGUUGAUUUGGUUGCGAGUACAGUGCAUUUGCAGAGACUCCACCCACACUCUUCUAAUUGGCUAUUGAUUUGGUUGCGAGUACAGUGCAUUUGCAGAGACUCCGCCCACACUCUCUUCUAAUUGGCUGUUGAUUUGGUUGCGAGUAUAGUGCAUUUGCAGAGACUCCGCUCACACUCUCUUCUAAUUGGCUGUUGAUUUGGUUGCGAGUAUAGUGCAUUUGCAGAGACUCCGCCCACACUCUCUUCUAAUUGGCUGUUGAUUUGGUUGCGAGUAUAGUGCAUUUGCAGAGACUCCGCCCACACUCUCUUCUAAUUGGCUGUUGAUUUGGUUGCAAGUACAGUGCAUUUGCUGUGACUCCGCCCACACUCUCUUCUGAUUGGCUGUUGAUUUGGUUGCGAGUACAGUGCAUUUGCAGAGACUCCGCCCACACUCUCUUCUAAUUGGCUGUUGAUUUGAUUGCAAAUAUAGUGCAUUUGUAGAGACUCCGCCCACACUCUCUUCUGAUUGGAUGUUGAUUUGGUUCCGAGUACAGUGCAUUUGCAGAGACUCCGCCCACACUCUCUUCUAAUUGGCUGUUGAUUUGGCUGCGAGUACAGUGCAUUUGCAGAGACUCCACCCACACUCUCUUCUGAUUGGCUGUUGAUUUGGUUGCGAGUACAGUGCAUUUGCAGAGACUCCGCCCACACUCUCUUCUGAUUGGCUGGAAUCUUGUCACUCCUUGUCUUGUUAGGACAGUGUAAAAAGUGUUCUUGGCCAUGACAUCUUCAGUGCUAAAAGAACUAUGAGGACUAUGUUACAAACCCAAGCACAUUCAGGCUCUGGAUUGAAUCAUGACGAACUAAACCGAAUUAAAGACAUGUAAUAAAUCACAGCCACAAACCACAGCUGGAAAGAAACUGAGCAUUUCAAACACAACAAUCGGACUUUGGCAAUAUUCCCCUUUUCUUGCAUUAUGUAAAUGAAGUUGUGGGCUGAAAGAGGUCUCUCUCAGGUGUUUUCCAGCAUUUCAACAUUGGACCACACGGCCUUUGACAUUUGCAGUCACGAUUACAAAAAUAUGCUGACAUACUUCAAAAAAUAUAUGAGAGUUUAGAAAUAAAUAUAAAAGCCUUUAUUUAAUCAUGGCCAUGGCUCUUUUAUAUUCUUUCUAAACUCUCGAGUGCCUUGGCUCACAUCCAAAGAGCACCGAGACUUCAUAGCCCAGCAGCAAUCUUUGCGUUUUGUGUUUAUGACAGACAUAUCUAUCAGUUCAUCGAGCUGUAUCACGAGAUCUGCAGUGCAUGCGAAGACUUCACAUGUUUUCUGCAGACUGCGCUCCACAGCGAAUGGCCUGUUGUGAUAUAAAACCACAUACUGUAGAUUCUGAUAAUGUAAAAUAUACAAACACGAGGAAACUCACUGUAAAUAUUCCACUUCAACACAAAUGCUCUUAUUUAAUGUUGAACUGUAAGCAUCUCUUAACACAAAAGCAUUUAAGAUUUUUUUGUACAUAUUAUUUU